AUGGAGGGCGGCGCGGGAGGCACCAUCAGCGGCCCCCUCGCGCCUUCGGGUGCGUCGCCCAUCGCCGCCGCUCCUAACACAUUUUUGGGCGUGUGCCCAUUGCACUCCCUUCCCUUGACACUUAACUCUGCCAACGCCACUCCCCCUUCCUCUCGCACCUCCCUUUACGCCUCCCCGCCAGGCGGCAUGGACGGCGGGGCGUACGGGGGGCUGGACGCGGCGGACGUGGAGCUGGCGCCCGCCGUCACCACCGUCGCCUUCUCGCCCGCGCCGCUGCCGCCGCUGCGCGUGCCCGUGCGCGCGGGUCCCGCUGACAGCCCCGAGCGCGGCGCGUGGGUGCUGGCGUUCCAAGACGAGUCCAGCUGGCGCAGCGCGUGGGGGGCUUGCGAGCGCAAGAUAGCGGAACAGUGCGAGGUGGGCGCGCGCAUGGGGUGUGCAGUGCGCGCCAGUGAGCGGUGCCAGGCAGCGCGGCCGUGGGGGCUGAGGGGCGCGGGGGGCGGCUUCCUGGGAGUCAUGGAGCUGCUGGGGGUGGGGGGAGGGGCGGGCAGGGGCAGCGAGGAGGAGGAGAAGGAGCGCGAGGCGUGUGAGGAGCGGGAGAUGAUGGCGUGCCUCGCCACCGCACAGGUCGCUCACCACCCCAUGCCUCGCCUUCCAUCAUCCCUCCGUGCUCUGCUCAAGUGUCCUCUUUGCAUCCAUUUGGCCCCUUUGCUCGCACUGAUGCCCCCUGGCCCCCUUCCAUUACCCCCUCCUCCCCUCGUGGCGGCCUGUGAGGAGCAUGCGCAGCAGCAGUGCAGCGCGGCCUUCUCCCAGGCGCUGCUCGCGCGCUCCCUCUCCGCCAUCCCGCUGCCCCUGCUCGACCGCCGCGCCCAGCGCGCCCUCCUGCGCUCCGCCCUGCACCGCCGCCACGCCGCUGCUGCUGCCGCUGCUGCUGGGGGGCGCAGGGGCAGCGCAGACGCGGGGGUAGUGGGGGCGAGGGCGGGCAUGGGGGGCGUGGAGGUGGAGAGGAGCCCGGGGGCGAAGCUGGCCCAGCAGGCCGUGGCUGCUGCGCUGGCAGGGGCGGGCAGGGGGGCGGGCGAGGGGGGUGACGGGGAGUGGGGGGAGGGCGAGGCGCUGUCGAACGUGGUGAGCGCCACGGGGCUGCCUCGUGAGGGCGGAGGCGCCGCUGUGGCGUGGCGCAGCGGUGUGUCGUACUUGGAGUCGCCCAGGGGUGGUGCUGGGGAGGCGGGGGGGAUGGGGAGCGGUGGAGAGGGGUGGGAGGGCGGACUGGUGAAGCCAAGGGCUGGGAGGAGAAAGGAGGUGGGGAUUGGGGGGGUGAAAGGGGGAGGGGAUGGCAGAGAGGGCGGGGAGAAGAGUGUCGGCACUGCUGGUGGCAGCGGCAGCGGCAGCGGCAGCAGGCAGACAGCAGCAGGUGGGCCAGAGGGUGGCAGCAGCAAUGGGGGUGUGCUGGGUGGUUCAACUGCCAAUGGCAGGGUCACACGUGCAGGAGAGGGGGAGGUGAAUGGUUUACUGGGUGCGUGGGAGCGAGCAGCGAGGGCUGUGAAGAGCAGAGUGGAGAUGGUGACACGCACACGGGGUGCAGGUGCACGUAGCUGA